AUGGACGAGGAGACAUGGUUCCGGGACGUGACAGAUAGCAUAGAAGUUGGAAGAAGUCUUUUUCAGGUGAACCUGCCGCCUCUGCCCAAGGGUUCGUCUUUCUAUCAGUACAGCAUAUCAUUUUCACCAGUUUUCCUUAUCGUGGAGGAAGAUGAUCCAGUCUUGCAGCAAAAGGCCGUGGAUGCACAGGUACAUAUCUCCAUCACAUCUAAGCCAUCGAACGUUCUCGGUGAGCAUGAUAUCAGUUUUAGGGACGUAGUCUUUCUCGGAGAAGCCCGUUUAAAGCUGCUUAUUCAGCUUGUUGAUAAUCUUAAGAAUGAUUCCUUAACCCUCACUGAUUUUAUCAACGGAGUCUUCUUGCUUACGCAGAAUCGAAUGUGCGACGAUAAAUCAGACAACCUUUUGGUUUUCCCCAGUGGAGCCGAAUCUUUUAUCGCACCAAAUAGAGUGGAGCUGCACAGCCAUAGUGCCUACACCUCACUGCGCCGCAGCAGGGAAGUGCACGCCCUUCUACAGGAACGAUUGAAUCAGAGCGACGAGGCACACAAGAAUACACAACUAGUUAUAAAUCAAGUUCUUGCAGAGCAUGAGUAUAUUCACACUGAAACAAAGCUCAUUCAGCACCGGGGCAUGGGUAAGAUUCCUCCUACUGUUCAAAACAUUCAGAACUCCAUCCUUCCUAUUUAUCUACAAGGCUCAAAAGGUACACACCAACGAGGGCGUAUUGCCCCCGGGAUGCGGAUUGUUAUAGACGUAGUGAAGACAAACUUGGAGCUUGUUAAGGCUCUAGUGGAGUCGAGUUAUGUCAAUGAAACGCGGACCUUUGUGGCUAAAUCUAAUCAGACCGAUAUCGCUGGCUAUACAGGCAGUCGCAUCAGUCUUCCAGCCAGCGGGGGAGGCUUGAAGCUGGGGGAGGAAGUGCCUCUUGCAGACUCAUUUUUCGAGCCAAUAUUUUCACACCAGGAGAAGAUACAGGCACAGGGAACGGCUAUGUUCACGCUGGCUUCAUUGAUCUCUAUAUAUUUCCUCGUUAUGCUUUCUCUUCAGCGAAACAUCAGAGGUGGAAUCGCCACCAAUAGAUUCUAUGAUUUCCUCGCUCUUGUGACGCAAGAGGAGUGUGACAUACGGCCAUGGCUCCAUGUCUAUAAGGCCCUUCGGCUCCUCCCUUUGCAGCCUGAUGGUGCUGUGAGUGCAUGGCUAUCCUCCACUGCCUCUGUUCCCGUCACUCUACGAGACCUAAGAGAAGAAAUUCUUCAGCACAUUGAGCAUAUUUAUGGCUUAGGAGUCACAAACACGUCCUCCGAAUUCAUCAGGCUUGUUCAACAAAGACCAGAGACUAUAGAGCAACAAAUGAUAAUUGAGCACUACCAGAAUACAGAUUGCCUAUCGUUUGCAAAAACAUCUUCAGACAAUGUCACUGUUGGCAUCCGUCAGCCCAGCACAAUCGAGGCCCAGCUGGGACUAGAGUCACGUAUGAUGGCAGCACUGCAGUCUUUUUAUGUUCUGCUUAAGGAUCCCUUCGAUGAACGAACCGGGCUUAUAGAUCCUUUUUCGAUUAACGGGUAUCUAAAGGCAACAAAGAGCGUGUAUCUUAAGGACUUCGUUGAGUUGUAUCAGCUAGGGAAAGGAGGCUAUGGGGAAGUGGUCUGUGCAAACAGACUCAUGGAAAAUCAAAAGUAUGCUGUGAAAAAGGUAGUAAUUGACAGGCGCGACUUCCAUGCCAAAACCGAGUCAGUAGGAGGGUUUCUACAAUAUAUUAAGUCUAUCAUGAACGAGGUGCGCAUUCUUAGCAGACUACUGCAUCCCUUUAUCGUUAAGUAUUACUACUCUUGGAUUGAGACCACUUCAGACACCGUGCAAAAUGCCACCGAAGCACCUAACUCCUCCAUGAUAUCUAGUGGCUGCACAACAGGAACAGGGGACGAUAGCUUGGAGGGAUCCCUUGGUGCAGUGACUCGCGCACUAGACUCUCCGAGCUCGACACCUUUUAGUACGCCUAAACCCACCAGGUCAACAGAACGAAGAGAGAUUGAGAAGGUUAUAGUUUUUGUCCAGAUGGAAUAUUGCUCACACGGCUGUCUUUCAGGAUUCAUUCAGCAGUGCAGCGAUGGAGCGGCUUUGUGUCCGCCGUUGGCACAGGGAUUGACUCUUACAGAACUUCUUUGGCGCAUGACCGCACAACUAGCAUCAGCAGUAGCAUAUAUCCAUAGUAAGGAUAUCGUUCAUUACGAUAUCAAGCCGGCCAAUGUCUUCCUGGACGAGUCAUAUAACAUCAAACUAGGGGACUUUGGAACUAGCUACACAUGUAAGGGACCCAGUGAUGAUCAGGAUCUAUUUGCCUCAGACCGCUCUACGCUAUCCUAUAUGGCUCCUGAGCUGUCUGCCCAACAUUGGAUGCAGAGUAGCCUCAACAAUGCAGCGCAAAGCAACCUUCCUGUGACGGCCUUGAGAAAACAAGCAGACAUGUACUCGCUGGGGAUCACCCUGCUCGAGCUCUGGUUUCUUCCUACUGCUUCCGAUAAUCUCAGCAACCUGCGUGUGCUUGUGCAAAAUAAGCAGCUCCCGAGUGAGUUUACUGAGACACACCCGAAUGUUUCAGCAAUACUCUAUCAGCUGUGUGAUGUGCAUCCUCUAAAACGCUUAACGGCAUCCGCCCUAAUUGAGGCACUGAGUGCCUUGAAUCUUCCAGUAAUUUCUGCCGUAUUUAAGAAUGUACCGUAUGUUGUAACUUGUUCACCUGAAAAUAGACUAUCUGACAUUCUCAAUCUUCUGGAGCAUAGUGAGGAUGGUAUCUCUCAAGAGGAUAGACAUGCACUCAUGAACUUUCUCAUCAAAGACAGCUAUUGUGCAGGGCUCUCGCUCCUAUCUCUAAGAGAAUCCAGGGAUGCACUUGCUGAGCUGCCAUCGCCAACUUCGUUGACACGCCCACAGGAUUACUGCAAGCCGGAAACUAAAAGUAUUUGCAAACAAGGUGUCCUAUCUGCCAAGAGGAGAUGUGAUGUAUUAGAAGUCCCAAAUAAAUCUGCUCAAGAGCCCUUUGAUGUGUGCCUUGAAACCUCUUGGAUAGAGGGUUUCAUUGAACACGUUCUUCUUCUGAUGGGAACGGUGCCCAUCACCCUCCCAUCUACUGUGCCAUAUGCCAGUCUAAGGCCUGAUGCCCAGCAAUAUGCAUCAGUUAGCGACUGCAAUGUGUUCCUUACAGCACGGCUGACCCAGCAGCUACUCGUCAAUAUGAAUAACGCCUAUCAACACCACCAGAGUCAGAAGCAAAGCAGUAGCGGUUUGCUGAAUCAAGAAUCUAAUGACGGCGAUCUGUACACAACUACAGGGCUAGGAUCAACAAGCGAAAUGCUUAAGUCGUUAUCAAUUACUACUAGUGCAACGCAAGAGCAUGCAGCCGCUGAAGAGGGCACAAGUGCAAGAGAUGCCUCAUCUUUGCUAUUGCUUGAUUUAACCGGAAGUGUCACCUUGGCUUUUCAGGUAUUUCUCUUGUCUUCUGUCUCGGAGCCAAGCACUUAUUAUUCGGUCCAGAACACUAGGCCCAAUGCCUGCGGAAAUGGUACCGUAUCGUCCAUGGAUACGCGGUGUUACCUUGCCAGAUACCUUCACCCUGAUGGGGAGCAGCGUAUAGGAGCCUUCAGAAGAGUUCUCUCCAUAACCACGGUACGGGAUACUAACCUAGUGGCCACAAGUAGGAUUCGUGCGUUAGAAUGGGUGCUGACAAUUCUUCGGGUUCUCUUUGAGACCAUAAGUCAACAUAUAGCUUAUACUACUGUGCAAAAAAGAACAGCAGAGCGGAGACCAAAGCGGCUAGCCGAUAUUCUUAACAUCGACAUCACCAUACGCUUUGUGAAGGGCGCGCCCCUCAAUCAAGAGCAAUUUAGAUUGGCAGGGGAGCGUCCCAACAUUUUCAAAGUCCAUAGCCUGUCCCAUAUCGACAACAUUGUAUUUUUCCAAUCGCUUGAAACUAUAAAUUCAUGCGGUAUCAUCUCCACGGCCGUUCUACUAUUAGAGUAUCUCAAAACGUCGGUGUUUGUGGAUCGAAUUAGGGUCAGAUACAUAUCAGCAGAGGAAUACUCCUUUGGAGCCAACAGUAUUUCUUUUGCAUGCUAUGUACGAGACUUGUGGAACGUUCAAUCUAGGGACAGCAGCUUCGCCAAAAAUAAUAGAACUGAUGAGUCUCACUCUAAGAAGCGUACGUUUGUAUACACAACUGUAGAUGGAGUCAUAGAUGAUGCACCUUCGGUAGAACGCGAGAUCACUGACCAGCAAAGAUACAGCAUCGGAACACUUUUGACAGGAGCAUUUUUGGUAACAAAUCCUGCUGAGCACAAUGGUGACAAAGCGCCCCCCUUACAACCAGUACCGUACGACUUUGUGUCAUUGAGAUUCUCAGCCCGUGCCAUUCAGGAAACAAUCAGACAGCAUGCAAAUAGGUGCAGGAUUUAUCCCAUAACUAGGCACUGCAAUCCAGUAGGACUGGUGGCUCAAAUCCGUGCAUCCUACGGUGAUGAUAUUUUGUUGGAGGAAAAGCUAGCUAUUCUAGCCAAAACCAUUUUCAUACAGCAAACGUUUCUACUGUUUGGCUUUCACAUUAUCCCAGAAUCUAAUGAAAAUAACAAUCUGGUGCAAUCAAAUUGUAUCAGCGUGAUCGUGAACAAAACACAAUUCGAGUUUCGGUGGGGAGGAGCGAGACGUGCUCAUCACAUUGUCGAUUGCUCACUCUGUCCCGAAGCAAACAUGGCAGACAGUAUUGGCAGGUUCCUGAGCUCUCUAGAAGAACAGCUGGCCUCUGACAUGCAUCUAUAA